GCUCAUCGUCAGUAAUCUACAGGUUUCAUAUCUGACCAACCGUAUUUGACUUUGUUCAGCGUUUGUCCAAUAGCCUGUGAGCUUGGAAGACUACGACAGAGUGCAACAAGAAGUUUCCAAAAUGGUGCUCGAAAGUACUAUGGUCUGUGUGGACAACAGUGAGUAUAUGAGAAAUGGAGACUUUCUACCGACGAGGCUACAAGCUCAGCAAGAUGCUGUCAAUAUCGUGUGCCACUCUAAAACACGAAGCAAUCCAGAAAACAAUGUGGGCCUCAUCACCAUGGCAAAUAACUGUGAGGUGCUGACCACCCUGACACCAGACUCUGGCCGCAUCCUGUCCAAACUCCACGCUGUGCAGCCCAAAGGAAAGAUCUGCUUCUGCACGGGCAUCAGAGUGGCUCAUCUGGCUCUAAAACACAGACAAGGAAAAAACCACAAGAUGAGGAUCAUUGCCUUUGUUGGGAGUCCUGUGGAGGAUAAUGAAAAAGACCUUGUCAAGAUGGCGAAGCGCUUGAAAAAAGAGAAAGUGAAUGUGGAUAUCAUCAACUUCGGAGAAGAGGAGGUGAACACAGAGAAGCUGACUGCUUUCAUAAACACUUUAAAUGGAAAGGAGGGGACAGGCUCCCACCUGGUCACAGUCCCUCCAGGGCCCAGUCUGGCUGAUGCACUGCUCUCCUCUCCCAUCCUGGCCGGUGAAGGAGGCUCCAUGAUGGGUCUUGGUGCCAGUGACUUUGAGUUUGGGGUGGAUCCCAGUGCUGAUCCUGAGCUAGCCCUGGCACUGCGUGUAUCGAUGGAGGAGCAGCGACAGAGGCAGGAGGAAGAGGCCCGCAGAGCUGCUGCUGCUUCUGCAGCCGAGGCAGGCAUGCCCACACCUAGUGCAGACGAGUCAGAGGAGGCCUUGUUGAAGAUGUCAGUAUCUCAGCCCGAGAGCGGGGCAGCAGUGCUUCCUGACUUCAGCAGCAUGACAGAGGAGGAGCAGAUCGCCUACGCCAUGCAGAUGUCUCUUGCUGGAGGAGAGUAUGGAGAAAUGGACACAGGAGCCCCCAUGGACACCGCAGAAUCAGUCAAGGAGGAAGAUGACUACGAUGUGAUGCAAGACCCAGAGUUCCUCCAGAGCGUCUUGGAGAACCUGCCCGGCGUCGACCCAAACAACGAGGCCAUCCGCAACGCCAUGGGCUCCCUGGCCUCCCAGACAGGAAACAAGCCAGAUGGCAAAAAGGAUGAAGAGAAGAAGAAAUGAGGACAUGAGACCGAGGGGAUGAAAAAACAAAACCGAACAUUUGCAGACAAAGGCGGGAUAACUUUCAUAUAUGAAAAAAAAUGCUGACGCAUCGUCUGACAGGCCAGCAUGAGACAGCACUCUGACAUUUAAUACAAUCACUUUCUGUCAGACACGCAAAAGCACCAACAUAACAGCUAUGUAGUGUAAAAUCUGACUGCCCAGUAACAUCGACUCUCAAAAUGUAAAAUGACCUACUCUCAAAUUGCCUUGUAUGCUCUUUGCCCUACAUUUUCUCUACACAGUAUAAUUACUCCCAAUUUCUCUAUAAAAGAUGAAUUUGUGAUGACAGGCACUUCAACUAAACAGUUAGCCACACUCCUGUCAUGUCUUGUGUUUUUUUUGCAAUAAAAGCUAUGUGUAAAUA